AUGGCGCUCCCCCAGCGCUCCCUCAGAACAGCUGCCCGCAACGGCUUCAGCCGCUUGCCUGCCCUAGUCCAACGCACCGGCGCACCAUCCGCACCACGGCCAUUCACAACAUCCCUCCCAACCACAACCCGCUUCGCACUCCGCAGCUCCUCGCAGCAGCAGCCGCCGCCCCAGCGCCGGGCCUUCACAAAAGACGCCCGCCCCGCCCCUGCAUCCGAUCCCUCCACUCCCACCCCCGCCGCCGCCACCAAAGCGCCGCCCAAAACGCGCGGGUCGUCCAAGCUCUACGCCAGCGCCGACGCCGCCGUCGCCGACAUCAAAAGCGGCUCCACCAUCCUCAGCGCCGGCUUCGGCGUCUGCGGCAUCGCACAAACGCUCAUCCGCGCCCUCGCCCGCCGCGGCCCUCAAUCCCUACACUCCCUCACCGCCGUGUCCAACAACGCCGGCGCCGGUGACCACGGCCUCGCGCUGCUGGCGCAGACGGGCCAGCUGGGGCGGCUGGUGCUGUCGUACCUGGGGGCGAACAAGCAGUUGGAGCGGGCGUACUUGACAGGAAAAAUCGCGGUCGAGCUGACGCCGCAGGGGACGAUCGCGGAGAGGCUGCGGGCGGCGGGGGCGGGGAUACCGGCGUUCUACACGGCGACGGGGGUGGGGACGUUGGUGGAGACGGGGGGGAUUGCGGUGAGGUUGGGUGGUGGUGAGGGGGGAAAGGAGGUGCUGGAGGCGGGGAGGGGGAAGGAGGUGCGCGAGUUUGGGGGGCGGCGGUACGUUUUGGAGGAGGCGUUGUAUGGGGACGUGGCGAUCCUGCGGGCGGCGAGGGUGGAUACGGCGGGGAAUUGUCAGUUUCGGCUGGCGACGCGGACGUUUGCGCCGCUGAUGGCCAAGGCGGCGGGGUGUGCGAUUGUGGAGGCGGAGGAGGUGGUGGCCGAGGGGGAGAUCGAGCCGGAUAUGGUGCAUUUGCCGGGGAUUUAUGUGGAUAGGAUCGUGCCGGCGACCGAGGGGAAGGCGAUCGAGGUGAGGAAGGUGAGGGGCGGGAAGGAGGGGGAGGGGAAGUUGGAUCCGAGGAGGGAGAGGAUUGCGAGGAGGACGGCGAGGGAGUUGAAGGAGGGGUUUUAUGUUAAUUUGGGCGUGGGGAUCCCGACGCUGGCCGUGAGCUUUUUGGAUCCGCAGGUGAAGGUGUGGAUUCAGAGUGAGAAUGGGCUGUUGGGAAUGGGACCGUACCCGACCGAAGACGAAGUCGACCCCGAUCUCAUCAAUGCCGGAAAGGAGACUGUUACGCUCAUUCCCGGCGCCUCGACAUUCGACAGUGCCGAGUCCUUCGGCAUGAUUCGCGGUGGUCAUGUCGACGUCUCUGUCCUCGGGGCUCUCCAAGUCAGCGCUUCGGGCGAUCUUGCCAACUACAUGAUCCCCGGCAAGACUUUCAAGGGCAUGGGCGGCGCCAUCGACCUCGUGUCGAAUCCGGAUGUCACCAAGAUCAUCGUUGCGACGGAGCAUGUUGCCAAGGACGGGUCGUCAAAGAUUGUGCAGGAGUGCAACCUCCCAUUGACUGGUGCGAAGGUGGUCAGCACCAUCAUAACUGACAUGUGCGUGUUUCAAGUCGACAGAGUGAACGGCGGCUUGACGCUCACCGAGGUUGCUCCUGGGGUCACUGUCGAAGAUGUGCAGAGCAAGACGGAUGCGAAGUUCAAGGUGGCAGAGGACUUGAGGACCAUGGAGUAG